CUAUUUCUAGACUUUUCUAAACAUUCAUCGUGUGGGCAAAGAAACCGUUCCCCAAAAUAAAAUCCCCAAAUUGAAACCCUAAUUUCCGCCAUUGUCAAGCUUCUGUUAUUUUCCCGACGAGAACCCAAUUCACCAAUUCCUUCAAUCUCAAUUUUCGUCACCUUACCCUAAAUUCUCCAAAUCACGCUGCAGAAAAAUCCAAUCUUGUAAUUCAUAAAGGUUUCAUAUUGUUGAUUCUCAAGCUAUGGCUACAAAGAUUCUCGCAAACUUGGUUGUGAUGGGUGGGACAAUCUUGGCAAGAGCCGUCGUUCAGGCAUAUCGUCAGGCCCUUACCAAUGCCUCAAAAAAUGGUGUUGCACAAGAAACAAUGCAAAAUACUAUCCGCAAAGCUAGCAAAACAAUAACAGAGCAAGAGGCUCGGCAAAUUCUUGGUGUUACCGAGAAAACUCCCUGGGAGGAUAUAAUCAAGAAAUACGAAAGAUUGUUUGAGAAUAAUGCAAAGAAUGGGAGUUUUUACCUCCAGUCGAAAGUUUAUCGGGCGAAGGAAUGUUUAGAGUCUAUCUAUAAAGGCAAGGGUGAAGGAGGCCCUAGUUGAGGAGUCGGUUUUGCACCAACAAUUUUGCUCCAUCGUACUACUCUUUGUGUGGUCAUUUUGGCCACCAUGUUGUGUGUUAUUUGUUGAAUCAACAAAAUUUAUUUUACUAGAAAAAUUAUUUGUAAAUGAUUAGAUGGGAAAUUCACUCCAAAUAAAUAAUGGAAGCUAUCUAUAUGGAACUGAGGCUAUUUAUGCUUUUAAUUUAACA